AUGGAGUGUCUUGACAACUAUCUUGAAGAUGGAGCGUGUGUGAUGAGAAAUUUAUCGAAGGGGACAGACCCUGCUUUUGCUGAGAGGCUAUCGCAGUCCGUAUUUGGUAUUCAAAUGCAAAAGGAUGUGAUCAGGAAUGCAUCUUUGCUCAACCAUGCAAUAUUUUCUGAAGAUCUUGAGAUGGUUAAGAAGUUGAUCCGCUGGGGAGUAAGUAUGGAUUCUGCCGAUUAUAACAACAUAAAACCAUUGGAUUUUGCAAUCGCUAGAGGAAAUACAAAUAUCAUCAAAUUCCUCAUGAGUGUAGUAGCAAAAACGAACCGCACAGGUACUUCAAUAGGUGAGAUCAGGAACAUCCUGAUUAAGCUAUGUGGAGAACCAUAUGAUAUGCUAUCAGGAUUUCCACAUCAAGCUACUACUUUUGGAGUUUCAGCAUCUUCCCGUCUAUCACAAACUUUUGUUUAA